UGCCUCAGCUGUGAGAGGCCCAACUCCCCUUGGCUGGCUGUCAUCCCAGAGCAGAGGCAGAGAGACACAGAGACUGAGGGUGAAGAGAAAAUUAAAGUGUAAAGUAGACUAGAAAGAGGCAAGUGUUUGAGGAAGUUGUUUUAAAAGAAGAAGAAGAAGAAGAAGAAAGGUUUACGGACUUGAGUUGUGUGUAGCAAGGCUCCUGCAGGUCGUUUUUCAAUAGUUUAUUUUUAACUGUAGCCAGUGCGCAGGCGGUUUGCAUUCGGAGUUUACAGCCAUGGCGGAUACAGGUGUCAAGAAGGCGCACGUAGAAGAGCAUUACGAUGACGACGACGAGGUAGCUCUGGUGACCGCCGCCACAGAGCCGGCUGUAGACGACGAUGAUGAUGAUCUUUCUGAAGACCCUUCUGAGGAGGUGGACCUGGAACUGGCCACCGGACCUGGAGGCAAGACUGAAGCACAGAUGAAUGGGGUCAUGGUCCUGUCUCUGCUCGACAAGAUUAUCGGCGUAGUAGACCAGAUCCAGCAGACCCAGAAUGGGCUGGAGGCCCGGCAGGGGGCCAUGGAGAAGUCAGUGUCAACCAUCCAAGGGGAGCUGGCUAAGAUGUCCAAGAAUCACGUCGGCACAACCCACACUGUCAACAAAAUGCUCGAUAAGAUACGCAAGGUCAGCGUCAACGUCAAGUCGGUGAGGAACAACCUGGAGAAGCAGGCGGGCCAGAUCAAGAAGCUGGAGAGCAACGAGAGCGAGCUGCUCAAGAGACGCAACUUCAAAGUGCUCAUCUACCAGGACAAAGUGAAGCCUCCUAAAACAACCAAAUCCAAGACCGCAGAGACCUUGGUUGAAGGCAUAGCCGUGGAGGGCCUUGAGCAGAUACCUGAGGGACAAGAAGAAGUUCAAGACCAUCCCAACUCCGAUGAAGAGGUGGAGAUUGAGGAGAUUAUCGAGGAGUCUCGCACCAAGCGCAUCCAACGCACCACCAAGCAGCAAGUGGACAACAUAAAGAAAGCCUUCUCCAAAGAGAAAAUGGAGAAGACCAAAAUAAAGACAAAGGAGAACUUGGAGAAGACCAGGCAGAGAACCCGCGAGAACCUGGAGAAAACAAGACAGAGAACCCGUGACAAAAUGGAGAAAACCAAGCACAGCCUGGGGCAGAAGAUGGGCCAGCUCGGGACCCGCAUGACCCCCAAUAUGGAGCGCAGGGCAAAGAUGAAGAGCUCCAAAGAGAAGGCCAAGAAGUCCCUCAAUCCUGAACACAAGGUCUACGCCCGCUCCACGACCACCGUGUACCGCGUGCCGCCCUUCACCUUCCAUGUGAAGAAGUUCCGAGAAGGAAUGGAGGAGGUGGUGCCAAACACGGAGAUGGAUGAGGUGGCCGACGAUGAAGGAGAGCCAGGGGGAGAGGAGAACGGGCUGGGGGUGCACGUGGAGGUGGAGGAUGGGCAGCUGGUGAGGGUAGACAGCCCAGAGAUGGAGGCUCUGUUGGAGGUGACUGAGGACUUCCAGCUGGUCAGGGUGGAGCCGGACCUUCCAAAGGCCCAAAGCGAGUAGAGCAUCCCAACUCUGUGUCCUAUGAAGGAGGAAAUGAAAGGAUGAGGAAGGGAACAUUAGACACAAUAUUAGUCGUGGGGACUUUAUAGACGUGAUCACAAUCUAUGAUAUAUUUUUUGAUUUCUGUUCUCUUUUUAUUUUACCCAACAGGGAUGACUUUCAUAUUUGCUCUUCUUUAGCGAAAAACCAAAAAGGCUAGCUUUUAAAACAUGGUGCAGGCUGAAUGGUUGUGUAUGUUAAAGCUAAUUGCUGUUUGUUGUGGGUUUGAUAAUUUGUGUGGAUAUAAGAAUAAAAAAGGUAUAAAUAGUCUUUGCUAUUGACGAUGUAAUGUAUAACCUUAUAUUUGCCAUGUAUGAUAUGCACAUUUGUAGGUAACAGGAAGUUGUUGGCAGGAUUUAUGCUUAAUCGAUGGAUUUAGAGAUGUAAUGUGCAAGAGUGAAACAAACAGGAAAACAUGUAAAGGUGUAGAUCUACAGAGAAAAAUCAAACAUAAAUUACAAUUUAUGUAAAUUACUGAAAAUAUAGACGUAAUUUCAAAUAAAUUGUAUUUAAAACAUUAGAACAAUAUCAAAUAUUUAUAGAGUAGCAUAUAGCACCCGAAUAAACAGCUUAAGUACAUGUUGUGUACAAACAUUUUAGGAAAAGAAUGUUUUACCAUUUUGGACUUUUUUUGUGUUUUGAUUUUCAUUUCUUUAAAGAUUGUAACAAAGGAUCAUAAGGCCUUAAAAUAAUCGGUAGUCCACCGCUGAGUUUUAAGUUGUACUAUAUUAUGUAGCAAAAUACCUUUUUUUGUGUCACUAAUUCAGAUAAAUAUUAUAAUGAAAUACUCAAACUGAUGUCAAUAAGGUGUAGAUUGUAGCCUUUUUUAUCUUUACAAUGCAUGCAUGUACCAACUUUCCACAUAGCUCUGCAAACUGGAUUAGAAAAACUGUGUCGCCAUGGUCACAGCUCAUCAUAGUACAUUUGCAGAUUACAUUACAUGUCACUUGGUAGACGCUUUUAUCCAAAGCAAUUUACAUACAUUCAGUACUGUGGGCAAUCCCCACAGGAGCAAUUUGGGGUGAAGUGUCUUGCCCAGGGACACAACGACAUGCUGACUGCAGUGGGACUCAAACUUGCUAUCCCCUGAUUCGAAGUCCAUGAUACUAUCCACUGAGCCACAGCCUCCUAGCAGAUCCCUAACACAUUUAUCAAGGUAAUUGCAGGCAGAAAAGAAUGAUAGCGUGAAAAGCAGGAUGACAGUUUAAUGACUCGUGGAGAUGCAAAUGUCAUCCUAAAUGCAGUCGAAGGGAGAAAGCCAUUCUGAAUGGCAAGGUACUUCAAUAAAUGUCAGAGAAGAUCUUGUCAACAAAUUAUUUUUGCAGAGACCAGGUGCAAUAUUGUGUAUCAGUGAUGUCUACACUGAUUUAAAAGCCUGCAUCUUUGUACAACAAGUUAGAAAAUACGUUUUUUAAAUAAGUAGAGGAAGCUAAAAUAAUUGAAUUGUAAAUAUUCAAAGUCUGAAGAAAACUGGCAAAGCCAGUGUUCCAUCAUUGCACUUUUGACCAUGUACGGCAAGCACACAGUGCUCCGGACAAAGGGAAGGUGAAUGCAUGGCUUCCAUUUUCAUCCCUAGAGGCUCUGUGAUCUUGAUGUGGUGCAGACAUGCAGAAGCCCACUGUGUAGCGUGGAGAACCAUUAAAAAUAAUCAAUGGGCUGGGGAAUUCAAUUAAGGAGAGUGCUCUCUCUGAGCACUGACCAGGGUAGAGAACAGUGAGAAGAACAGAGGAAAGUGUGUGUUUGUUUGAUUGUGAAGAGUGUGUCGAUACAAUAUACCCAAUACCCUUGGCAUCAAGUUCACAUUUCAAAGAAGCAAAGAAAUCAAUUACAGGCCUCUGACAUCACAUAUCACAUUAUAAUUAUUAAAGUUUUAUAUAUAAUUAAAUGUCUGUAGUGAUUAUUUACACAAACAUUGACAUUGUUUUGCACAGCAAACAUUAAACACUUUUAAAAUA